AUGCCGCUAGGCGGCUCUGUCACUUACGGCUCCGAGUCUACUGACGGUAAUGGCUACAGGAGAAUUCUUCAAGAGAUUCUCGUGUCAGAUGGCUACAUUGUGGACAUGGUCGGGUCUCGCAAAUCUGGUUCGAUGCAGAACAACGACAAUGAAGGUUGGCGGGGAUUCAGGAUCGAACAAGUUACCAACAAAGCCAAAGGAUCAGUUCCUAGCCUUCUGCCAAACCUCUUCACCGUCAACGUUGGCUCAAAUGAUUGUGUCCAGGACUUUGAAAUUGAGACUGCCGGCAAGCGAAUGAGUGACAUGCUCGAAUACCUCUGGACGGCGUCUGCUGGCUCAACAGUCGUCCUUUCUACUCUACUCCCAAACUUGGACGGAAAGAUUGAAUCACGAGUCCUACGCGUCAACGAGCAAUUUUGGAAAAUAGCAAAAGCGAAAACAGUCGAAGGAAAAAAAGUUAUCAUCGUGGAUAUGCAUGGCUCCGAUGGGCCCCAGAUCAGUGAUCUGGCAGAUGGGACACACCCAAACGAUGUGGGCUAUGCGAAGAUGGCAACGAUUUGGCGGAGAGGCAUUCAUGAAGCCGUACACAAAGACUUUAUCCAGGAGCCACUAUGA